CCAACUUUACAAAGACGAUUUCUAACGUUUAGUAUCAAAUUUUAUUUGAAGGAAAACAAAUAGUUCCAGUUGCAGGCAAUGCCAAAGGCGGCGGCGAAGGGAAAGGUAAAAUGCAAAUUGGCAUCAAGAUCAAGAUCAAGUGUGCAUGGGGUUGUAGAACGCUUAUUUGUCACGUGGACGAUGGACCCCUGGACUUGAUUCGCUCCUUUAAUAAUUCAGGGAACAAGAAGAUCUUUUCGAUGUGAGGAGAGACUCGCUCAGCUCCAACCCAUUUUAGGUAGGCUCCAGCCCAUUUUAGGUAUCUAUCUAAGUUGUAGAAUGAUAUAAGAAUGCCACAACUCUCAAGUUGCUAAUUGCAGCCACAUUUGCACAGAAGAUCAGAUAGGCAAGGGGUGGCUUUUGUACCAGGUGGUGCAAGCAAGCAAAACCCACGAAACUUUAAUGUGUAUCUGUAGUAGAAGAUAAAAAAUUUGCCGUCAGCUCAGUACCAGUACGGUCAAUGGGCCCGUCCUCGCACGCAGAUGGAGGAGGAGUGGAGGAAGGAGCAAAAGAACCAGAAAGAGACACCACCAUUGGAGGGAUUCAACAGUCGACUUCUUCGAAGUCGAAGAAGCUGAAGCUCAUCCCCUUGAUAUUUCUCAUCUACUUCGAAGUCUCCGGCGGUCCAUUCGGUGAAGAACCGGCCCUACAAGCAGCGGGGCCUCUGUUUGCGCUGUUGGGGUUCAUAAUAUUUCCGUUCGUAUGGAGCAUACCGGAGGCGCUAGUGACGGCGGAGCUCGCAACGGCAUACCCGGGAAACGGCGGGUACGUGGUGUGGGCAUGGGCGGCGUUCGGGCCAUUUUGGGGGUUUCUCAUGGGAUGGUUGAAAUGGGUUAGCGGUGUUAUCAACAACGCUGCCUAUCCGGUGCUCUGCCUGGAUUAUCUAAAGAUCAUUUUUCCAGUCUUCAGCCAUGGCCGCAUCAGAAUCGUGGGAAUUUUGGUGUACAUGCUGGUUUUGAGCUAUCUGAACUUCAGAGGGCUUACUAUUGUGGGGUGGGCUGCAGUUAUUCUCGGGAUGGUGUCACUGAUGCCAUUUUAUCUCAUGUUUUUCUGCUCCAUUCCAAAGCUGAAGCCCUCACGGUGGGGUGCGCGGCCGCAGGGUCACGUGGACUGGUCACUCUUCUUCAACACGCUGUUCUGGAAUCUGAAUUUCUGGGACAACGCGAGCACUCUGGCAGGGGAGGUGGAGCACCCGCAGAGAACUUUCCCGCGGGCACUCCUCUGCGCGGUGCUGAUGACUUGCGUGGGCUACAUCGUACCUCUGCUGGCCGGUACCGGCGCGCUAGAAUUGAACCAGGCGUUGUGGAAUGACGGUUACCUGGCCGACGCUGCUGGUCGCAUCGCUGGUUCGUGGUUAAAAUACUGGAUCGAAGUCGGGGCGGUGUUGUCGACAGUGGGCCUUUUCGAAGCCCAGCUGAGCAGCGCGUCGUUUCAGCUUUUGGGCAUGGCGGAGAUUGGGCUUCUACCCAGUUUCAUGGCCAAGCGGUCAUGUUACAACACACCUUUCUUGGGGAUCCUCGUCUCCGCCGGGGGCACGUUGCUACUUUCCUACCUCAACUUCACGACAAUCAUAUCGGCCGCCAAUUUUCUCUACAGCUGCGGGAUGCUGCUGGAAUUUGCUUCGUUUCUGUGGCUCAGGCGCAAGUUCCCGGCUCUGAGCAGGCCCUACAGAGUGCCUGUUGGGUUGCCUGUCUUGAUUGUCUUGUGUAUGGUGCCCGUGGGGUUUCUUAUCUUUGUGAUGACUCUGGCUAAUUUGGCUGUAUACAUUCUCUGUAUUUGCGUCACGGUUGUGGGUGUUUUGGCCUAUUUUCUUAUGAAUGCCUGUAAGAAGAGGAAUUGGAUGAAGUUUGUCGUUACGGAAGACAGCGGAGUUCACAGCUUGACUGAGGUUCGAACCGAGGUGCAGGCGGUGUCCAGUGGAAACGUUGGCCGUCAGGCCUAAUCUGUAUAUUGAGCACGGAGUGCUUUCCAUGCCUACCUAUACCAGUUGUUUCAACUUUGACCCAAUUUCGUGCUCUCGCUGUUUCACCAUGUCUUUUGUUUUCUGCGUGCAAAUUGUAAAAUGGUUUUUCAAAAAUAUAUACUGGUAAUAAGUAUAUCGAUCUUUACAGAAUAUA